AUUGUGAUAUUGUGUCAAUGCUUGUCAGAAUGGGCUUUUUGCAAGGUGUGUUAGUGCUGGUUGUGAUUGCUGCUUUUGACCUGAAGUAUGUAUGGGGAAGUUUGAGAUACAGUCAAAGUCCAAGAAGCAUGAAGUUCCAGUUCCAGCUUCCGGAGGUCCUGCUCUUUCUUCUCAAGGGUUCUGGAAUACUUUGCAAAAGGCUUCUCCAUUUCAGAAUCUUGAUUCCAGAGAAUUUGCACAAGAGCCUCUUGGUGUUCAGGAGAAGCAGGUGUUGCAGGGUCCAGUGAAGCCUUUGGUCUGGAGGUUUCCCAUCGUUCCAGAGGUGCAGAGUGAGGUGGCGGUGGACUUCCAGUUGAGGCAACCUGUCACUCCCAGUAGUGUAGCUAUUCAAUGUGGUGAGAACCGGGUUCUUGUGGAGGUACAGCAGGACUUGUUUAGCAAUGGUCAGCUGAUCCAGCCAUCUGGUCUGUCUUUGGGAGGAUGUCCUGUUGUUGGCUGGGUCCCUGGCUCCAGGGUGCUUUUCUUUGAGUAUGAACUGCAGGACUGCAACAGUGUGUUGAUGAUGACCGAGGAUGAGCUUGUCUAUACUUUUGCUCUUACCUACACACCCGAGGCUCUCGCUGGCACUCCGAUUACUCGUGCAGAUGGUGCAGUUGUUGGUGUUCAAUGCCACUAUCAAAGGUUUCAUAAUGUGAGCAGUAAUGCUUUGAGGCCAACUUGGGUCCCUUAUGCAUCAACAGAGUUUGGCGAGGAAGUCUUUCUGUUCUCCCUGAAGCUCAUGAUGGAUGACUGGUCCUAUGAGAGGCCUUCAACCUUGUAUUUCCUGGGUGACAUUAUUAAUAUUGAGGCAUCAGUGAAGGUGUACAACCACGUCCCACUGCGUGUGUUUGUGGACCACUGUGUGGCCACUCAAGUACCUGAUGUGACUGCUCUUCCGAGAUAUACCUUCAUUGAGAAUAAUGGGUGCCUUGUGGAUGCCAAGGCUACCGCUUCCAGUUCACGCUUCAUGCCUCGAUCCCAGGAAGACAAGAUCCAGUUCCAGCUGGAGGCCUUCAUGUUCCAGGAGGGAGACAGUCCUUCUAUCUACAUAACGUGUAUUCUGAAGGCCACUCUUGCUUCUGCACCCAGUGACGCUCUCCGCAAAUCCUGUUCCUUUGCCAAUGGGUGGUUUGCUGCUGAUGGAAACCACCAGGCUUGUGGCUGCUGUGACUCCACAUGUGUUCCUGAAGGUAGAAUUGCUGCUUCUCCCUUUGGCGGCAUUCAGUGGGAAGGCAAGGCCUCAGUCAGUCCUGUAAUGGUUCUAGAACGACAGAAGACUUUAGCUGGUUUUCAAUAAAUUGACCCGUUGAUGUUUGAAAUAAAUAAAACCGUUUUUUUAACCUUGUGAUAUGGGCCUUCAGCUUUUAGACAUGGUUGAUGACAGCACAACAAAUCAACCAACCCGGUAUUGCGUGAUAAUUGUGAUCAUGUAAAAAGUCCAUACAUUUAAC